GAGAGAGGAGGGAGGGGAGGGAGAUUAUGGAAUGCUGUGAUGUCAUCAGCCGAGUCAUACACACACAAAGACAAGGAGGACCCACAGGCGCUCUGACUCUCUCAGCUUAGUUAGCAUACACUGCUGUGGAGCUGCUUGUCUACAUCCCACUAUUAUCCCAGUGAUGACCUCCAGAGUCAAAGGAAACUGAUCUGGGCUGGGUGAAACUGUCAGCACCACACAGAAAGGAAACAGGAGUCUGUGUGUGUGUGUGUGUGUGUGUGUGUGUGUGUGUGUGUGUGUGUGUGUGUGUGUGUGUGUUUGUAUGUGUGCGAUAUGCAAAACAGCAUGUGUGUGGUUGGAUCAUGAAGAAGCGUUCAUGAGGGAUGUUAUUGUAAAGAAACUAUGCAGGUCUUCUAACAACAUGAGACUCUAGGAGCUUCUUGUCCUCUUCGAGAAGCUGCUGGUCAAAGGACAGCGCCUCCUCCUCCCUCUGACCCGGCCAGGUGGUACCAAAUAGCCCGUCUUACCAACCGCCAGUAUGCUGCAGCAGAUUUUAAAGGACAUGUACAUCGACCCGGACGUGCUGGACGCCCUCAAUGAGGACCAGAAGAAGACUCUGUUCCUGAAAAUGCGCCAGGAGCAGGUGCGGCGCUGGAAAGAGCGGGAGGAGAAGCUGGAGAGGGAAGGCGGGGACGCAGAGGCGAAGCGGACAAAAAAAGCCACCAGUAAGAGUGUGAGCUGGCUGCUCGGCCGGGACGGAGAUGUGGCAGUCCUUGUGAUCGGGGAGGUGGAUGAGCUGGGCUCCAAGUUCAUCUGCUCAGGAUUUGGAGAAAAGAAGGCGCAGGGUCCACAGAAUAACACAUACCACCAGACAGUCUUGAAGAGCAGGACAACCACGGAGCCUGUGAGGAAUGAGAGCGAGACCCUUCUUUAUAAAACACACCCCGCAAUCUCACUGAAUUUAAAGGACAAAUGUGAGGAGACAAGCACUUUACCCCCUCUGCCGGUGUCAGUGAGUGAGCAUUCAUCACCCUCAGCAGCAGAGAAGCCCGAGUCGAAGUCAGUCGGCGCGGCCGAGGAGAAGUCAGUUCCCCAGGCCUCCGUCUGCUCCAGGCCUCCCACGAGAGUAAGCCCUGUCAACGUGAGACCGGCUUCUGCAAAUGCAACACCGGGCUCUGUCAACACGAGAGCCGGCUUCACAAAUCUGAGGCUGGCCACCGCCACGCCAUACUCUUCCCCCGGCAGCACGGUCAGAAUAGACUCUGGAACGAGGGCACCCACCAAGGGUGGUCUGUGCUCACGGGAACCUCAAAAGGCCCAGGAAUCACAAGUUGCGACUGAUGUCGGUGCGUCAGAAGCGUCUCGGAGGGCUCCCUCGGAGGAGACCGGGUCAGCGGGGAGCGCACCAACCUGCGCAGGGCGUGGCCGCGUGGCCCAGCUGAUGAAAACCUUCAGCGCCGAAAGCACUACAACCCCCGCACAGACCCCCUCUCGCAGUAUCAAACCCCCUCUCCCCACCAAGCCCAGCCACUUGCGUCUAACGACCACACCUACUGUCAGGUAAUCCAUGCAUCCCGACGCACAGGCGGCCACCCAGUGUCGCCCAUCCACGUUCUUCAGAGAAAGCCAAACAAAGACAAUGGCGCGUUGAAGCGGCGGCCGACAGGCUUUACUGGGAUGGAGAACUGAAGGUGGCCCCCUCGGAAAUGACAACGCUCACAAAGUUUUCUGUCACUCUCAAAGUUUAACUGUGGAAAUGCUUGAAUGAAAUGGGGUUUUUUUUUGUAUAUAAUUAUUUUUUGGAUGCUGCAGUACUGUAAACGACCUUUGUGGGAAAUAAAUUCCAAAGCAAAUGACUGCAACUAAAUAUCGCAAUCGGUUGAACAACAGACCAAUGCUUCUACCGUUUAUGUAUUUGCCAUGUUGACUAUCACAUGUAUUCACUUGUUGUUGAUUCUUUCCACUUUGUGUAACAAAAUACUCUGUCAAAAAAAACAUAUAUUUUCACAGAGCCCGUGCACAAGAUGUAGUUUGCUUACCAAUGCCAUUAUUUCCAUCUGUGAUGAGACAGUUUGCAAUAGCUCGUGUGCAGUAUUCAUCUUUUCAUUUUUUCAGUUUUCUCAAACAAAACAAUGAGCACGGGCAGGCAAGGACGGGGUGAAAUAAGGUACAGUAGGUCCUCCUUCAUCUUACUGUCUCCUCCCUGGGAAUAGCGUAGGGUUGUUUAUUUGUCACAAUGCAACGUAUGGCUCCCUCUGCCACCUGGCAGGAGUCUCACUGCGACCUGUUGUGGACCAGUGACAGUGCCAAAUGCCUCAUCUGUCACUCCCAGUGGAUCAAAUCCUGGCAAGUUAGACAGUAGCUGCCAAAUAAUCCAGCUUUGUGUUUUUACCCUCCUCCAAUUUUUUUCAGUGCUAUUUUGGAGAUUUGUGGUUUUAUAUUUUGUUUUUCUAUAGGGAGAAAUAUGUUUUUUUUUUAAUGGGAUAUUUAAAGCUAUUCUACAAUGCUCACUUGUAAAAAUGACAGGCAUCUUUAUCUUUGAUGUCAAUGUUGCAUGGUGAAAUCAAAGAAGCAAUAAAAUUGUGUAAAUUGUA